AUGCAACAGGCCUCGCAACUCCUGCCCUACGGACACCGAGCCGGACUUGUUCCUUCAACCCUCACGACCAGCAGCUAUCCCGGUCCAACCGGCAAGGUCGGCCACCUGCUUGGAUUGCCGUCGAGUGUCAGCCCCAAUGCCAGCAACCCUGCGUCCGGUUGCCUCACAUCUCACGUCUCCUCCGGCACCUCCACGAGCACACCCAAGCCCACCAACCUCACCAGCACGAGUGGUCCAAGCAGUCCCUGCCAACCAUGUCCCGGGUCCAGCCUUUCCGCGGCUGCUGUACCCUCGCCCUCCACCUUCCCGCUGGCCGAUCGGGGCCCGUUGGCGCCGGCCGUGGGGCCAAGCUUGGCUCUGCGUCUGCAUCAUAGUCAUCACCAACAGCCCGGUCAAUCAGCCCUCUCGGCGCACACUUGCCCCCACUUCGCGGCCCACCUCUGCUCCGCUCAGCUGCCCGGAGCCUCUACUCUGCCCCUGGCCCACUCGGGCCCCAACUAUCUGACCAAUCACACGCUUCAAUUGGCCCCCGGGCCGGGCCAGCCCGGCCCGUCAACCGACCAUGCUUGCCCUCCCACAGGCGCCUCCUGUGGGCCCGGCUGCGAGUGCUCCUGCAGCAGCGGGCCUGCAGGGCUGGUCGGCGCGACGCCGUCGCCCAUUCUACCCUCGACCUGCUAUUCAAGCCUGGGCCUCCUCUAUCCCGGCACGUUGAGUCGCCACACCGUCACCUGCGGCGCCGGUUGCCCGGCUCCCGUCGCCAACCAGCCGCCCUCCAUCCGACUCGACGACGCAAGCUUGUGCGACGCAACCAUGCCGGCCGGCCGGUUGGCCAGCCACCCAGCAGACAUGGAGGCUGCCGACGAGGUGGGUACCAUGCGGCGCCGGCACAGCGGCAACCACAUCAGACGGACGACACCGUCCUCCUCGGCCAACACAGCCCCGACGAUGGCCCCGCCGACCAACAACACUUCCUCGGCCAGCCUCGCGACGGCCGAGUCGAACGGUGAGUCGAGCGCUCGGACUCAGCCCAGCUCACCGCCACCUCUGCCGCCGCCUCUGCCGCCGCGCUCCAUGGCUCGAACCAAGUCGGCCAGUCAGGGCUUGAACACCCCACGCUGCCAGCCGGCGCCCCUGCCCUCCGUUCAGUCCAUACACCCAUCAGUGCCCGGCUCAAUGACCAUCAGUCUCAGCAGCACGGGACUCGCUGCAUCGCACGGAGGCGGCGGCCAAGCGUAUCCUCUGCCGCCUGCUGUAGCCACCAAGCCCAGUCUGGCCCGCGAGAUGGCCAAGUGCGUGGUUUGGUGUGUUAUGCUACACUCUUUCUUCUUUCCCCCUCAUCCUCCUUCUUUUCCUCCUUUUCUUCCUCCUCCUCCUCCUCUCCGUCUUCGCCUCUUUCCUCCUCUUUUCAGACGCCAGAUUGAAAUUGCCCCGGCUUACGCUGCUACAGGAAGCCAGCUAUCCUCUAAGCCUAUCAGACCACUGGUUCAUCGUCCUUGCUAG